GUGUUUUUUUCCCCCCCAGCGUUCAGAAUUCCCAGUAUUGCACAUGGAGACAAUUGUGCAUCUGCUGCUUCAGGUUAAUGAUGCUUUGAGGUUUUUGCACUCACGUGGAUUUAUCCACCGUUCACUCACUUCUUAUGCUGUACAAAUUGUUUCUGCUGGUGAGGCAAAGUUAACCAACUUGGAGUACAUGAUAGAAAGCAAGGAUGGAGGAGACCACAGUGAUCUCACACGUGUUCCUGUCCCAGCCCAGCUGUAUAAGUGGUGUGCUCCUGAAGUGAUCCUCGAAAAGGCCGCCACAGUCAAAUCAGACAUUUAUAGCUUCUGUAUAGUAAUGCAGGAAGCCCUCACAGAAACUCUUCCCUGGAAUGGGCUUGAAGGCUCAGGUAUUAAAGAACUCGUAGUUUCUGGGCAACAUUUGGAAACUGAUGUCAGGCUUCCUAACCCGUACUAUGACAUUGUAAAGACAGGUCUAGCGCCUAAACAAAACGACCGCUCCAUGAGUCUUCAGGGUAUUCGCUAUAUAUUGAAGAAUGACUUAAAGGACUUGAUUGAGUCUCGAAUUGGUCGCUCUGAUGAAAGCUCAACUGCACAAAGGCAUGACAUAUUUCCAGAUAUAAACAUCUGUUUGGGGUCUGCAUCUAAUUACAAGAGGGAAAUGCUAGAGCUGCAAGAAGAGGAGAUAACAAAGACUGAUGGCAGCUUUACUGCACCAAGAUGUUCAGUUUCUCCUGCUGAAAAAGAAACCAUCAUAGAUCGUGAGGGUAUAACUUGUAUUCAGCCAGUUACACAGGAUCUGAGCCAAGAUAUAGCUUCUGAACUCCAGAGGACCUACAGUGUUAGCGAUGUGGACGACAGCCUCUGUAGUUUUGAAAUCAAUGAAAUCUAUGCAUGUUAUCCAGAAUUACAUGAAGAUGUUCUGGAAGAACUAGCUGGAUUAGAUCGUGCUUUGGAAGAUCAAAUAAAACAGCAAAAUGUAGACGAGGACAGGGCCGUCUCCCAGAUCCUACCUCUGCUUCCUAAAAUACAGUUAGUGGAGCAGCCAAAUUCUAGUGAAGAAGACAGCUCUUCAGAAAUGGGUACAGAGUACAGUAUAGAGGAGGUAGAGAGACUAAGUGAGGCCUCCGAGUCAUGCAUGCUGCACUGUUUGCGAGCAGAUGUCAGGGAAAGUGUGCGUAGCCCAUCCAAAACUGAGCAGCACAUCAGCAAAUGUGUCCUUAAUCUCAAGAUUUCUCAGACCUUAUUGCGGCAGGCAACAGAUUCCCUUUACAGAACAGAAGUGAAAUUAGACAAAUUAGAGACUGUUCAAAACCAACACAAGCUGCUUAAGGAAAUCCAAGCAGAACAAGUUUCUAAGCAGAAGUCCAUAGAGAGCUACUUAGAUAAAAUUGAUGAUAUUCUCAAAAAUACCAAGAUCCCCUUUUCAGGUGCUGGUGUUUUUUUGUGGAAGGCAGUAGGCCCUCCAUCAAGGAACUAUAUACCACCACCACUGCGAGUGCCUGGGGUGCAAAGUGCUUUGGAGGUUGACCAUUUCCAGGCUAUCUCAAAAGCUGUGAAGGAACCAAAGGCAAUUCAGAGUGAGAAGAUUGAGUGCGUUGAUCAAAGACGUAAGAAUAAAGAUGACUGCCAGAAUGGUUUCAGCUUCAACAUGGUGAAGAGUACUGAGGCUCGAAUAGUGCCAAACUAUCAGCAAUUGCAUCCACCUGUGGCUGUAAAACGGAAAAAAAAUGUCAACUUGCAACACCAUAGAGGAACUGAUUCAAGUUCUGGAGGAAGUGGAAUCGAGGAAGAGAAAUGGUUUUUUCCAAAAUCAGCAUCUGAAAUUUAUAACACAAGGAGAAGUGAGGAGCGAAGGAUGGUGCAGUCAGAAUGGAAGACUGAAGUGAAACAAAUGGCUAAAAGAGUGGCGUCUGGGCAGCUGGGACUUCUCCCUCCGUAUCCGCCGAGUGAAUGCACCUCAGAAAGCGAGGCAGAAAGCGUGAAGGAAGCCUUUCCACAUAUCACCUUCAGGGGCCAGGAAUGUACUGGCUGGCAGAGAAAGGAUGGCAGGUGGCACACAGGCGACGGCACUGAAACCCAGGAUCUGGGCAGGAAGGAGAUGGAUGAGUCAGAGGAGAGUGACUUGGAGUCUGUAUUCAGAAGUUUUGCAGGCAGAAGUUGGCAGUCUCUAGCAAAAGAUGAGCAAGCAGAGUGCGGAGCAAACCUUUCUAAAAAUUCAAUCAGUCCAACAGAAGCUGAGAAUCCCUGCUGUGAACAUUCAAGUGAAUUAACUCGUUCCCCCAAUUCCUCUCCUGACAUAUCAGAUGAGUUUUUCACUCCUGAACCGGAUUAUUUUUUCUCUCCAGCUGCUCAGGAAAACUCAGAACGAGAGACCUCAAGUUCUGAAGAUGAGUUAAAAGUAACCCCAGAAGCCUGUGUACAGAAAUCAACCUCUACUGAUACAGGGUCAGGAGAGAAAAUAUUUAUGUGCAACGCAGCAGUAAAAGGCCUUGGCAGUAAUGAAGUGAGAGUGAAUCAAGUCAACCAUACUCCUGUAGCCAGUGCUGAAGCAUCACAAGAAAUGAUAUCUAAGGAGACACCAAAAGAGUUCAAAGAGAAAGAUAUAUCAUUGACAGAUAUUCAGGAUUUGUCCAGUAUUUCAUGUGAGCGAGAGAACUCUUGUAAGGAUAUAACUUGUAAAACACCCAGAGUGAGUCAUGCACCAACUAGUGUCAGCACUCCACUCAGCCCAGGGAAAAAAGUGUCAUCAACCAUCAAGAAAUGCAGAGACUGCCAUGAAAUUCCCCUGGAUACCUCUUGUUGGGCUACUCAGGAGACUUCCCUAACAGUGUCUAGUAGCUUCAUUACAGCCCGUGAAAAGGGAAAGAACUCAGAAACCCCCUUCCUUUCUUCAGAAGCCUACUUCUCUGGAUUGACUGAGCCUCUGAUUCGAGCCCAGCUUUCUCCCAGGCAUCAGACCACUUUAUUAAUGAGCUGCCUCCACCAGCCCAGGAGCUACUUGAUGAAAUCGAAAAUUUAAAGCAGCAAGAUGCACCCUAUCAGGACUUUGAGGAGAAAGGAUCCCAUACCCACAACAUGCCAAUGAAUGUUCUCACUCAAAUUAAUCCAGAAGACAAAGAGGAGGAAGAAGAAAUUGGGAAUAAGGGAG